AUGAUGUUACUAUUAAACGCGUCUCAAGACAUAGGUGAAGGAUCUGCGCGCAUCGCUCGGUUCGCUCCCCAAGCUCGCGCGGAUAUUCUGCUCCGACGCGGAUAUUCGUCUCUGCGCCGAUACCUGCGCGCGUGCAACUGGCACGUGCAGCGCGCCGAGCGCAUGCUGCGCGACACGCUCAAGUGGCGCGACCAGUGCCGCCCGGAGGAGAUUCAAUGGGCUGACGUGGCGGAGGAGGGCGCGAAGGGCAAGGUGUACCGAACGGCAUUCCAGGACAAACACGACCGCCCAGUCGUGAUGCUCUCUGCCGGCCAGCAGGUGCGCCACCUGGUGCAUUGCCUUGAGAACGCCGUCAUGAACCUGCCCGCCACUGCCUGUGAGCAGCAGCAGCUGCAGUUGCAGCCACUACCCGGGAAAGGUGAGUGUAGCUUCCUGGGAAAGGUGAUCCGCCCCUUCAUAGACCCGGUGACAUUCAACAAGAUCCUCUUCGUCAACACCUCACAUUCAGUCAGAAUAGACAUACUACUAUUCAAGCGCCUUUCCAACCUCUCACUUGACCCGUUCUGCCACAAUAAGUGA